AAAAAUUAGAAAUGAAUAAAGAAAUAGAAGAAGAAAGAUUUGAAGAAGAAGAAGAAUUAGAAGAGAAGAUAAAAAAAUUAAAAGAGAAAUUAGAAAAGAAGGAAGAAGAAGAAUUAGAAAAGGAAGAAAAAGAAAAAUUAGAAGAAAAAGAAGAAAAGAAUUAG